GUUGAAUCUCUCUCUUCGCGCCCCUCCCUCUUUCUCUCAUCUUCAACUUUACCCUAAUUUCUUCAAUUCUUCAAAAAUUUGCUGCAAAUAUUGCCUCUUCUUCCUACAUCAUCAGAAAGUUUUUGAAUUGGUUGAGGAUUUUGUGCUGGCCUAGUGAUGGCUUCUAAGAAAAUAAUUGCAAUAUGUCAAUCUGGAGGAGAGUUUGUGACAAACAAUGAGGAUGGAACUUUGACGUAUACAGGUGGAGAGGCUUAUGCUUUGGACAUUGAUGACCAGACAGUUUUGGCUGACUUUAAGAAAGAAGUAGCAGAGAACUUUCAGUUUGCUACUGAAGGAAUGACAAUAAAAUAUUUUCUUCCUGGGAAUAAGAAGACUCUCAUUACUAUAUCUAAAGAUAAGGACCUCAAACGUAUGAUUAAUUUCUUCAAGGAUGCUGAUCAAGUUGAGAUUUUUGUAAUUUAUGAUGAAGCUGUUGUGAGAAAUGUGCCCAAUGUCUCUGCCAGUAGGUCGACAACUGCGUCAGAGGCAGCGCUUACUCCUCCCACCCCUGUGGAUAUGAUCCAUUGUGAUGAUCUGCUUGGUGCUAAUGCUUCCAUUGACACAACUCCCCUGUGUUCCUAUCCCGGCAACAAUGAGGAGAACAUGGAGAAGCAUCGCAGAGCAGCUUCGCAAUGGGAGAACACAAUAACUGGUGCGGGUCAAAGGUUCAAUAGUUUUGCUGAAUUUCGUGAAGCUCUGCAUAAAUACUCAAUUGCCCAUGGAUUUACUUAUAGGUAUAAGAAAAAUGAUAGUCGCAGGGUAACCGCUAAAUGCAAGGCUGAAGGUUGUUCUUGGUGCAUAUAUGCGUCAAGGUUGCCUACGACUCAGCUAAUAUGCAUUAAGAAAAUGAAUGCGAAGCAUACAUGUGAUGGAGCUGCUGUUAAAGCUGGGUACCGAUCAACGAGAGGAUGGAUGGGUAGUAUAAUAAAGGAAAAGUUGAAGGUCGCUCCGAACUACAAGCCCAAGGAUAUAGCAAAAGAUAUUGAGCGUGAAUAUGGCAUUCAAUUGAACUAUUCUCAGGCAAGGCGUGCAAAAGAGAAGGCAAGGGAGCAGCUUCAGGGUUCUUUCAAAGAGGCAUACAGUCAAUUACCCUUAUUCUGUGAGAAAAUUAGAGAAACUAAUCCUGGUAGUGUUGCUACAAUUGCUACUAAGGAGGACUCGAGUUUCCAUCGUCUGUUUAUUGCCUUUCAUGCCUCAAUAUCUGGUUUUCAACAAGGUUGCCGCCCUCUUCUUUUCCUGGACAGCAUUCUUCUCUAUGCAAAGUAUCAAGGAACACUUUUGGCGGCCGUAGGUGUAGAUGGAAAUGAUGGCGUUUUUCCAGUGGCCUUCGCAGUUAUAGAUGAAGAGACUGGCGACAACUGGCAUUGGUUUCUUUCAGAGCUUAAAUCUGUUGUCCCAACAUCCUGUCCAAUAACUUUUGUUUCUGAUUCCCAAAGAGGUAUAAGAGAAUCAUUGCAAAAUGUGUUUGGUGAGCAGUAUUACCAUGGCUUUUGUCUGCGUUAUCUUGCUGAAAAACUUAAUAAUGAUUUAAAAGGGCAGUUUUCACAUGAAGCCAGGCGCCUUAUGAUCCAAGAUUUAUACGCUGCCGCUUGUGCCUCAAAGCGUGAGUCUUUCGACCGGUGUGUUGAGAAUUUGAAAGCUAUCUCACCCGAAGUUUACAAUUGGGUCAAUAGAAGUGAGCCUGAACACUGGGCAAAUGCAUUUUUUGGAGGGGCAAGGUAUGGCCACUUGACAUCCAACAUCAGCCAGCUUUUUUAUGAUUGGGUAGCGGAGGUGAACGAGCUGCCAAUAACUCAAAUGGUUGAUGCAUUACGAGGUAAAAUAAUGGAAUUGAUCUAUACUAGGCGUGUUGGUUCCAGUCAGUGGGUUAUGCCAUUGACCCCUGUGAUGGAACAAAAACUUCAAAGUGAAACGUCACGAGCAAGGUUGCUUCAAGUGUUACCCUCACACGGGAGCACAUUUGAAGUGCGCGGUGAAUCUGCUGAAGUAGUUGAUGUUGAUCAGUGGGAUUGUAGUUGCAGAGAGUGGCAGCUUAACGGGUUGCCAUGUUGCCAUGCUAUUGCUGUUUUUGAAUGCCUAGGGAGGAGCCCCUAUGAUCAUUGCUCCAGAUACUUCUCAACUGAGACUUACCAUGUAACAUAUGCCGAAUCAAUUAACCCCAUACCUAAUCUCGAAAAACCAAUAAAAGGUGAACCCGAUAUGGACCAUGUGGCCAUUGUUGUUACUCCUCCACCAACAAAACGUCCACCUGGCCGACCAAAGAUGAAAAAGGUGGACACUUUUGACAUAGUCAAACGUCAGAUGCAGUGUAGCAAGUGUAAGGGUCUGGGCCACAAUAAGAAGACAUGCGGGAAGGUGAAUAAUAUCGAUGAAUCGGACCCUCUGCUACUCACAGGAUUGGUAACUGGAGAACUUGAAGGGAAUGCAGGAUCCUUGGUCUCAUCUUCUCCAAUGUAGUUAGAACUGGUAUAUUUAGGUACAUUUGAUAGAUAUCCUUUGGGACAAAAGUUGAUAGAAUGAUUUUUGGUAGGUAGCAUGGUGAUUUUUAUUUUUUUUUAAUUGUAGUUGGUUUUGUUAGUUAGAAUUUUUCGUUUAUGAAGUUGUGCUCGUAAAUUAAUUAUGAGAAAGCUUAUCCA